GGAAAACAACACGAUUACUGCAUGUUGUCUGCAGUGGACGAGUCUCGCUGCGCCGGGAAAGUUCAUUCAAUAGUUUUAUUUAAUUUUCGCCUUCUUUCCCGUUUUUCCUGGAAUCCAGCUCAAAAUUUAUCGUUAUGGAUUGGCUGACGUCUACGUUACCGAGGUCUCUUGAAGGCUUCCCUGAAAUCCCUCGCUGGUCGAUGGGACUUUUGCUGGGGACGGGUUUCGUCACCUACUACUUAUACGAAGCAGUUAAGCUGCCGACGCUUGCCUGCUCACAAAAUAGCAAAUUCCGCGAAUUUCUGGAAAAUCAUGUUCCUGUGAUACGCGAAAAGUUCUGGCCGACCGUGUGGUGCUUCGAGUCGAGACUGCAGACGGUGUUUGCCAGCGUUCUUCGCCAACACACGCUGCCUGAUAUAGAAUACAGACGGCAAAUUUUCCGGCUGAAAGAUGGAGGCGAACUUGCGUUGGACUGGCUGGGCCCUGAUGAUAGCUCGAUGAAGGAUCCUCUAGUUUUGGUGCUUCCAGGACUCACUGGCAACAGUCAAGCUGAAUACAUCAAAAGUCUAAUGAGGGCUGCUCAAGCUCAGGGAUUCAGAUGCGUUGUGCUUAACAACAGAGGCCUCGGUGGCGUUGAUCUCAAAACUCCUAGAACUUAUUGUGCGUCCAACUCUGAGGAUUUGGGCGAGGUUGUUGACCACCUGAGAGAGACAGACUGCGCCAAGAACACCCCGCUAAUUGUUGUUGGAAUAUCAAUGGGAGGGCUCAUGUUGGGAAACUACCUUGCUGCUCACGGAGAAGAGGCAAAGGACAAGAUUGACGCUGGAAUGAUCAUUUCCGUACCAUGGGACGUUUUUAAGGCCACUGAGAGUAUCGAGCAGUUUGGCCUGAACCGCCUUCUGAAUUAUCACCUUGCUACAAGUCUAGUCAAAACUCUAGAUAGGGUUAAACAUCACAUGCCUUGGGACGUUGAAGAGGCUUUAAAGAGUACAACUGUGCGCCAGUUUGACUCGCGAUUCACCUGCAAGCAAUUUGGGUACACUGAUGUCGAUGAAUACUACUCUGCCGCCACUUUACACACAAAACUGGAUCGUAUAAAAGUACCAACUCUGUGUCUUAGUGCCGCUGAUGACCCAUUCCAACCACUGGAUGCUAUUCCUGUUGAUGCCGCUCACAAGUCGGAGCAUGUGGCGAUUUUAAUUACAGCUCGCGGAGGACACAUUGGAUUCAUGGAUGCGCUGAGACCUGGUGAGGAUUACAUGUGCAGGGUUUUUGUCCAAUAUGUAGAGGCUGUGAUGAAGAAAGGGAAGCCUGAGGUGUAGAUUGAGUUGUUUAAACUGUUUUUUGUGAUUUUACCUGACAUGAUAGGCUCUUCUUGCAAUGUAAAAGGCAGGAAUGUUAUAGAGGAUCCUGAUUCUAAAUUUGUUUGGAGUAUAUUAACAAUCAGUGGAGUAUAUUAACAAUCAGUGAAGUAUCUUUUUAAAUUGAUAGCAGGUUGAAUAGUCAGAAUUCAUAUAACGUUACUCCUAAAUCCAUGAAAUCACCACAGUUUAUAGCCUUUGUUAAUUAGAUAAUGGCAUCAAAAUACUAUCUUAUAUUCAAAGAGUAUACCAUGAUCCUAUAACAUUGCAGUAGAAGACUUUACUUGCCGAAUUUAAAGCACUUCAGUUACACUGAAAAUUAUUGCUGCAUGCUUUAUAGUCGGAACAUAAUAUUGCAUCAGCAGGGUUUUAUCGUUUGGACCAUCCAUUUUUUUCCGUGAUCAAUCUGUUGUGAUUAAACAUUUCGAAACCAUGACAUAAUCUAGACUUUUUCAAAACCCAUUAUUCUAGUUUUAUUCGUAAGCAGAACUAGCUUUUACUUCGUUGUCUUUAAAAGGUUAAAAUUUAGUGAGAUUGGCUUUUCUAAAGCUUUUUGGUCCAGUAAACAUAGAUUUAUAAAUGCGAAGUUUGCAAAGCAGUUACCGAGUGGGUUCCCAACUAGAGUUUCUGGUGAAUAUUAUAUCAAUCAAUAAGGUACAAUAACUACUUUAGGUCACUAUCUUCGAGUUGUAGACUCGGUCAUGAUACAAUUUAAAAAAUUAUCAAGUGCAUUUAUCUCAUCGCUGUUAAAAAUGUUAUUGUUAUGCAAGGUUGGUGAAUAAUUACUCAUUGUAAGCAAGUGCUUUGAAAUAAUCACGAAUAAAGAAUUUGGUUAAUUCACUCUAACGAGAAAUUGAUAAAUGAACUUGCUUUCGCCAACCUUUUGUUUCAAUAGGAAAAAGCUAUAGACUAGAAUAAUUUUUCUGCAAUCCACUUCAAUACAAUUACAUCUCAGAUCAAAAUAGCCGAUAAUUUAACUCUUUGCAUUUACAUCUGGGUGCGAUUUUCAUCGUCUACUUUAAUGAUAGAAGUUGACAAUGUAGCGUCACUGUAUACACACUCAAAGAAAUCUUUUUUGGUGCAAUGUUGAUUUUUUAAUGGAAUUUAUUUUGGUUGUGUUGCUCGUCAUGAAAGUGAUAUUAAACUGUUGAUUCAUGUCCGCGAGAGAUGCAUUUCACUGCACUGUUAUACCCGGUUUAUUUAUUCUACAGUAUACACAAACUGCUAUAUUAUACACAUUUCUCUUGUUACUAUCUUGUUGUUUGUGAUUGAGAGUGCCAUUAUUUGUGAUUUUAAUUGAAAUAAAAAUUAGACCAAAACUUA